CAAAUCUACGUCUAAUGGUUCGCGGCCCAACCGAAUUGCUGCCGGAUACGGCCUAGCUUCGUUUGCCCAUACGCUGGAAAACUCUCCUCGCACUCUGGUGGGCAUGGACGCUUGAGGAAAUGGGACUCGCCCCCGCUUGUAAUGACGCCAACGAAGAGCAGGCAGCGCAGCGCGAAUCCGAGGUCUACGCGCGGCUGAUCGCGCUGGGUUUGCAGCGUCAAGACACCGAGUUGACGUUUGUGCCGACACUAAACGGCGAGCGCGCGGACCCCAACGCUACCGGCAGCAUUCUAAAUCUGCGAAUGAGCAACUGGAGCAUGGGCGACAUCAGCGCGGCGCUGUCCCGCGGCCUCGUGGACAACCUCUUCGCCAUGAUCCCCCCGGAGCUGCAGCCGUUGGUAUCCGUUCAACCGUUGAUCGGCACGGGCAACGCGCUGGUGCGCAACGAGCUGCUGCACCGCUUCCUCUUACGGCGCCUGGCUCAGCCCUCGCAGCUGCAGCUGCAGACGGCCGCAGACGCUGCCGUGGGCGCAGCGCUCACCCCGUCGAUGCUGGGCGGACGGCCCGUCGUCCUUAAUGUUUAGUGCGUUAAAUGUCCGGUGAGGUCUGCAGGCGGAUCGCCAUUUAGGACAAACGGCAACUUGACCGGUUUCAUGUUGAAGUUAGAGUAGCCAUGUCCUUCGAGCGACCUUCGAGCUACAUUGUCGACACGACGACGCGACCGUCCAAUCAACUUCCGACACGUGCCCAGAAAAUUCCCGUGGUUUCCAGCUGGCUCUAUGUGCACCAAGGGGUGUAGGUCAAAAUGAAUCGCGCUUUGAAUUGGGACUAAAACGAUAUAUUUGCUCACUUCAACAUGCCGAUCACUGUAAAAGAGUGCAGAGAUGACUGAAAGCUGCACACGGCACUGCCAUAGAACCGAACGCACUAUGACAGCCUCGAAUCGACUGCAUUGAACACGAUCGCACCUCAGCUUAGCGAGCUGCCGCAGGGUGCGAACAGGUCUCUUCGUCUAUCUUGCCAGUCGCGGCGAAGGCUUGAGGGGGUACGCUGGACAAUCGUUGCCCACCGUGCUUCAGCUUUGCUGCACCCUCAAGACAAUGAUCAUUCGCAAGUGUGGUAGCGCUGUCACUAAUAUCAGCGGAGCAAUGGCAGCCUUGCACAUGUACAACAUUUUUCUCGCUGGAUACCAUUCUACUAGUCGACGAAACACGACUAGUAGUCGUGUUUCAUGGGUUCGUGGUCCACCGGAGGAUAAAGAUCCGAGCGCUGCUUUACCGCUGCAAGCUUGAAUAGCCGCCUGGAUGCUACAGUAAGCUUAGUUGUCGGUCACCUAGAUUGAGCUACUUUGGAAACGUGAUCGGCAUUUUCCUUUAGACGAAAACUACGCGUGGACAUCAGUACCAGACCAGGCCCACCAUGGAUCCUUGAAGACGCAUGCCACAAGAGAGCUCUUGUCAUGGAGGUCAAAAGGAGGCAAGCCGCCUAAAGCUACGGGAGCCCCAAUGUAAGCUCCCCAUUGCCGGCGUUAAACAUCAGCUGCACACCAGGUAAUAUAGUCACUAAGCUCGCAGCUAACUCCCGACGUAAGCAGUAAAGCAGUGCACCUGCUCAAAUCCUUACUUGCUCAAUCGGCAGCUCGAGCUCAGUGGCAGGGCUCUAAUUUUUUGGUCCGGUCCAAUUUUGCGCGUUUGAAUUGCACGUUGGAGCCAGAAAAUAGCCUGGCGUGCGUUUCCCGCGCACAGAAAUCUAGAACGUUCUCUGCCACGCGGGGCGGGUGAAACAAGGAAUUUGUAUGGAAAGAAGUAUGGCGACCCAUCGCAGACUUGCGCGACCUCCGUCCCGAGAGCCGUUAAAUUCGGAGUAUACAAACACCAAGACAUCGUCCUGGGAAGGAGCUCUGGCCACUCGUUUUGCAAUUCAUUUGCAAUUCUUUUGCAAUUCUUUCCGGUAAGACGCGAAGAAAAGCCGCGUAGCGAGAGGGGGGGGAGAACUCAAGAAUCGCGCGCUUGGAGACAGCGUGCACGCCGACGAGCAGGAGAGCGACUUGAGGGACCAGCAGCCUCGCUAGCAGCACCCGCAGCAGCACCAGGGGCACAGGAGGGAAGGCAGGACAGGCCAGAGCACUCGACUGCCCGACGGAACCACUCGCAGCGCCCUCGUCGCCACCGGACGAGCGCUUGUUUAGGCCUAUUCCAGCGGCCCGUUUCCCGUUCUCUAGGCGCGCUUAUUCCUGAGCGUCGACCGUCCUCGGUGGAGAUCAAUUACAGCAGGUAAAGCCUCGGACUCUUGUGGCCGCGUUGGUGCGAGGGAUGGCGUCUCUGAUGCUCUGUGUGUGACGUGUGUUUCCCUCAGUUUCACUGCCUAAAAACACACACGCCAGCCCACACCCACCCACUGCAUAUACACCCACCCACCCACCUCAGUCCCAACACACAGCCAUGGCUAUGACAGGCGAUUGGAUCUUCACGGAACAGGAGCUGCGGUCCACUCCGUCCCAGCGGGACGGCAUGAAGUACGCGGAUGAGCUGGUGCUCCGCCGCAAGGCGUGCGACUUCAUUGAGAAGAUGGCCAAGGCCCUUGACCUGCCCAAGCUCGCUCAGAUCAGCGCCGACAACUACCUCCACCGCUUCUACAUGCGUCAGUCGAUCGUUCGGUACGAUAAGUUCCUGGUCGCAGCUGCGUGCGUGCUACUCGGCUCCAAGGCCGAGGAGAGUCCGAAGAAGAUCGGCUAUGUCGCCAGGGAGUACAUUGCCGUCCGCAAAGUCGUGGAGAAGGAUCAGGUGUUUGCCAUUCAGAAGCACGACCCGCAGGUUAUCGCGGGCAAGAUUAUCUCGAUGGAGGGCGUGGUACUGCACAACCUGGCGUACGAGCUGACGCUCUCGCACCCGUACAAGUACAUCAAUGAGAAGGUGGACAAGGUGGUGCGUCUGCAGCAUCUGACGGAGCAGGAGGCCAAGACCCAGAGCAGCAAGAUCAAGCAAGUGGCGUGGUCGUUCUUGAACGACAGCGCGUACACGGUGGCGUGUUUGCGACUAGAGUCGGUGGACCUAGCGGCCGGUGCAGUGUACCUGGCGGGACUCUACGAGAGCUACGUGCCAGAGGACCUGUGCACAGCCAGCGGAUUGCCGUGGUGGAGUGCGUUGGCGACGCCCCUCCAUACCUUGCAAGGUAUUGGCAUGCUUGUGAACUCUGUUCUCUUGUCGUGGGUGCUGGCAAUGUUUAAAGAAAGCUGUGUUCUGCUCCCAUUUGUCUAGAUGCGGCUCGCUACUUGCUCAAAGCUUACACGGCGCCGUACAUCAAAACGAACGUGCUCGCGGCGGGACUGUCGAAGUUAGUCUAUAUGUUCCACCCGCCCAAGUCGGUCGAGAGUCCCGCGUCGUUCGUAGAGCUGGACGUCGUGGAGCAAGAGCACUCGUCGCCCAUGACGGUGUCGUCGCCAAUGGACUCCGCCGCGUGCGUGACGUCUCCGGAGUGCUGCAGCAGUCAAGGCCGGUCACCGUACGACCACGACUUCGACCACGAUGUCAAGUCGCAUGCCAAGGACAGUGAUGAAAGCCCACGCGAGACGGCGCAGGUUCCUGCCACGCCCGCGUCGCUGCUAGACAGCUUCCCUAUUGCCAACGAUAGUUCAAGUGCUGACAAGUUGUUGGGGAGCACUGCAGCGGCGCGAGCGGCGAGCAACGGAAGACUGUCGCGCAAACGCGGUAAGGACGCCGAAAACACGUUUUGUUCUGGAAAGAAGUUUAAGUACUGCUUGUAAAAGGCUGCGACGCGAGAGAGUGAGCGAGAGCGCUCCCCUCGACGGGCGCGCCUCAAGCAGCCAAGCACCAGCGAGCGAGGAGCCUGACACGGCGAGUUCACCGGGCGACAUGGGCUUGCAGCGGCGCGCGCGCUCCCGUCGCCUUCCAGCAGCACUCCACUCUCCGCAGGCAGCACCACGCUCAUGAUGCCGCCAUCAGUUUAGAAAAAGUAGAAAAGCUAAAAACUCCAACAAUAAAAACAUAUUUAUACCAGCAACCCACGCACACAAACCUCGAUGCUCUCCACCAUCACCAACUCCGUCGCCCGAGUCCGCCGCCCAGUGAAGAAUUUGAUUGCUUGGGAAGAUCAAGCAGCAUUAUCAGCCAUUCGACAACUGGCAAUUCCACCGGAUCUGCUCGAACACGACUGAACCUCCAGCGAGAAGCGGAGCAAGGGAACGCCCGCACGCGUCGAGGCUAGGGAGGCCGCAGCUCUUCCCAUUGCCACAUCAACGCAGCUUAUGCU